AAACCGACCAGUUGCUUGCAGGUUGUGAGUUAAGACUGUUAUAAUAGUUGUUGGUGGUGUUGGUUUUUGUUUUGUUUUUUAAUUGUAUUGUGCUCGUUACGGCCCUGGAAUCGGCUUCUACUGAAAGCAACCCUGAUAUAAUGGGAGUGUCUGAAGAAAUAACGCCGAACGCGGGAAUAGAGCCCAGACCAUCAGGUCCGGAACAAAGUGACGGUAGUGAUCCGGAACCUGAUGAGUUUGCUCCCAAGCGAAAACAGAGGAGGUACAGGACGACAUUCACUAGUUACCAGUUAGAGGAAUUGGAAAAAGCAUUUUCUAGGACUCAUUAUCCAGAUGUUUUUACAAGGGAGGAAUUAGCUAUGAAAAUUGGACUUACUGAGGCCCGAAUACAGGUUUGGUUCCAAAAUCGGCGGGCCAAAUGGAGAAAACAGGAGAAGGUCGGUCCAUCAGGUCACCCCUACAAUCCUUAUCUCAAUCCAUCCGCUCCAGGACCAUCUCCUCCAGUUGUUGCACCGACGCUGCCCAAUCCUUUCAAUCUUCCGUUUGGCUUAAGGAAACCUUUUGACUCCCUUACAUUUCGUUAUCCCCCCCACGUCCUUCCAGGAUACCUUCCAUCACCACAGUCGUACCACAGGGGUGGGCCUCCUCUGCUACCUCCUUCAAUGGGAUUGUACCCUUCGGCCAGCUCCUUCCAGACUCUUUUAGCAAAUAUAUCAGCUGCGCAACGGCCGAAGCAGGAAUUCACGGCUUCACCACCAUUGAGUCCUGGGUCGUCAGGAUCUGGGGUAACACCUCCCGACGUGGAUAGGCGCAGUUCUAGUAUAGCCUCUUUAAGGCUUAAAGCUAGGGAACACGAAAUGAGGCUAGAAUUGCUAAGACAGAAUGGUGAUUUAAUUAGUUGAAGUGACUUUCAUUUACUUUCGAUAGUACCUAACUUUUUUCUUGUUCCUUUUAGAACUUCUGACACAUGGAGUACAUGAAAAUAUACAAUAUGAGUAAUAUCAGAAAAAUCUUGUUUUAAAUCAAGUCCUGAUAUUUUCCAUGUCGCAGUGCGUGUAUACAUUUAAUUAUUUUUCAUUUCCUGCUUUAUAAUCAACUUUAAUUUUAUUUUUAAAUAAAAUUCAGUAAUUUAAAUAGAUAUUAAAAUUCAAGAGAAUUCAUGUUACUGAUAUUUGAUAUAUUUUAAUUAAUAAAAUUGUAAUUUAUACUUAUUUUUUGAUAUUUUUUAAAGAAAAUUACCUGCAUAAUUUUUAUUUAAAAUUAAUUUAGUCCAGAGAAAUAAGAUUUUUCUCUUGACAUAUCCCCUCCAGGCCGAAACCAAAUUUUUUGGGUAGUACGGACAUCUAUAAUAUUAACCUAUAUGUUUCCUGCAGCCGAUUUUGAUGAUAUGCAUAGUUAUAAACAAAUGAAGAUAAAAAAACGGCAAAUUUUCGGUUUUUUCGUCUAUAACCAAAAAGUUAAGCAUUUUAAACAAAUUUGAGAGUAAGUAGCUCAUAAAUCGUAUAAAAAAUUGCAAUAUGGCUUCGCUGGAUAUGUCUAUCCUUAUUGGUCGCUUAGAAAAUUGCAAGAUUUAUCAUAAAUUUUGAGUUUUUAUAAAUAUUCAUACCUUAUGUAAACAUUAACUUAGAACCUUCUUGUUACACGAAUUGCUGAGACUUCUAGCGCUUAAAAUAUAUUUUAAAUUUCAAAGCAAUUGGUCGAAGAGUUUAAAAGUUAUUUAAUUUGUUUAUCUCAAAUUCAUUUUUUUGCAACACUAUAAGUCAGAAAAUUAUGAGGUUACAAUAAGACUUCUGACAGUUUAUGGAAGAAAAACAUUUAUACUAUUGACCCUAUUAAAAAAAUGACAAAAAGUAAUUUUAAACAGUGUAAAAUUAUUUUGCAAAAACACGUCGAUUUUUUGCUUACUUAUAAACAAUUAGAAUAACUUUUUAACCGUUACCCGUAAAAAAAUUAUUUUUUAUAUUUGGAAAGACUGAAUUUUUAUACACAUUUAGAAAGAAAAACAAUUGUUCUAGGACAAUUAGGGACGAAGUUAGCCCCCCUUUUUUUAAUUCGCAUGGUUUUGCAAAAUAAUUCUGCAGUAUUUAGAAUUAUUUUUUGUAUCAUUUUUUUUAAUUAAAUUAAUAGUAUAAAUCUUCUUCUUUCAUAAACUAUCCAAAGUAUUAGUGUAACCUCAUCAUUUUCUGACUUAUAGCGUUGCAAAAAAAAUUAAUUUGGGAUAAACAAAUUAAAUUUUAAACUAUUUGACCAAUUGCUUUGAAAUUUAGGAUAUAAUUUAAGCACCAGAAGUCUCAGCAUUCGCUGUAUUAAGAACGUUCUGAGUAAAUUUUUACAUAAGUUAUGAAUAUUUAUAGAAACUCUAAAUUUAUGAUUUAUUUUGCAAUUUUCUAAGCAACCAAUAAGGAUAGGCAUAUUCUGCGAACGCCAUAUUGAAGUUUUUUUAUACGAUUUAUGACUUUCUCACUCUUAAAUUUGUUUAAAAUACUUAACUUUCUGGUUAUAGACGAAGAAAGCGAAAAUUUACCGUUUUUUGAUCUUCUUUUGUUUAUAACUAUGUAUAUCAUCAAAAUUGGCUGCAGGAAACAUAUAGGUUAUUAAUAUAGAUCUCCAUACUACUCAAAAAAUUUGGUUUCGGCAUGGAGGGGGUUGUGUCACCAACAGGAUAUUUUUUCCCUUAUUUCUCUGAACUAAUUAGGGACAUUUCAAAAAUGAUUCUCCAUAUAUUAUGUAGACACUAUUUAAAAAUUAUUUAAUAAACAUUCUUUUUCUAUUUUGAAUGCAAGACAAUUUUGUUAUUUUAGAUUAUUAUCACAUUUUUAGGUUUUAUUUGAAUACUUUGUUAUAAGUUUCCUUUUCAAUGAGCUUUUUGUCUUUUUAUUUAUAAUGAACGCCUCAGUAAAUCGUACUAGGAAUGAUCUCUUGUAUUAAGUUUCAAUAAAGGAAAUAACAAAACAAGUUUUCAGCUAUAACUGAAUAUAUUUAAUUAAAUUGACAAUUAAGAAUUAAACCAAACCUAAUUCUAUAUUUUUAUUAUUUUUUUCAUGCUAUUGUGGAUAUUAAGUGCCUUUUCCUUUUUUGUUGUUUUAUGUUAGUAUGCAAUGUAUUUAGACGAUUUUUCUAAUACCCCACCUAAUCAUAAAACAAUUUAUUAUUCUGCAAAUCUUCAAUAGGUUACUGGCAGACUUUCUCUUAUACCUUCUAACUCGCAGGCAAAAGGUCAAAUUGUUGCUCAUAAAUUUAUUGAUGGAAUUUUUGACCAUACAUUUGAUGUUUCUACACGCACCAAAGUGAAGUCACUGUUUGUCAACUUGGCCUAUACUGGGCUAUCCUUAAUCAGCCCUUUCCGAUUAAGAAAAAGAAAUUAAAACAUCUAGAUGAAUUCCACAUCCCUGAUAAACUGAUAAGAUUGGUUAAGGCUACAAUGCGUAAAGUUGUGUGCAAAGUCGAAAUACAGGGCGAACAAUCACAGGCGUUUGAAGCGCAUGUUGGGUUGCGACAGGGAGAUGCGCUGGCGUGUCUCUUCUUCAAUGUAGCUCUGAAAAAGGCGGUCAGAGAUGUCCUAAUAGACAACAGAGGAAAUAUUUUUAAUAAAUCAUCCCAAUGUUUGGCAUAUGCAGAUGACGUGGACCUAGUUGCCCGCACAACAAGCAAGCUAGAAGAAAUGUAUACCACCUUCUCAAGUGCCCCAAAAAUAUGGACCUGCAAGUAAAUGAGGACAAAACUUAGAUGAUGGCAUCAACACCCAACGAUAGAGCCAGAAACAUCGGUCAACAAUUCACGGUUGAUAACUCUACCUUUGAAGUGGUGGACAAAUUCACAUACUUACGCUCCCUGAUUACCAAGGAGAACGUCAUGACGGAAGAAAUCAAGCGAAGGAUAAUCCUAGCAAACAAAUGCUAUUUUGGACUGAGUAGACAUAUGAGAAGCAGAAAUUUAAGCCAAAAAACAAAAAUAACCAUAUAAAAAACGCUUAUACAACCAGUGUUGACACAUAGAUCAGAGGCAUGGACCAUUUCCAAGGUAGGUGAACACCUUCUGCUUAUAUUUGAACGAAGAAUAUUCGGUGGCAUCUGUGAAAAUUGUGUCUGGGGGAGGAGGUACAACUACGAGGUAUACCACAGAUAUAAACAAAAUUUUUUUGGUAAAGACGUAGUAUCUCUUAUAAGAAUAGGAAGACUAAGAUGGGCAGGGCAUCUAGGAAGAUCACAGCAGAACAACAGAACAACCCUCCUAAAAGAAUCCUUAUGUCACAACCUGUGGGAAGCAGAAAUAGGGGUAGGCCAAAACUCAGAUGGAAGGAUGGUGUGGAUGAGGAUGGGAGAAAACUAGGCGCAGCAAACUGGCAACGGUUGGCAAUGGAGAGGACUGACUGGCGUAAUAUACUUGGGAAGGUCGAGGCUCUUUCAUAGGGCUGUAGCACCAUUUAUAAUGAUGAAUUAGAACAUCUAUUGAAAUUUGCACCCUAAUUGAAUGAGAACAUUCAUGGAUCCAAGGUAUUUUAUAAUUCCUCUACCUACACAGUGGUAAAUAAAAUUGUGAUAAAUACUGAAUAGUUUUCAAUAGAGGAAGGUUUUUCUUAUUUACCGCUUACUUGAUUUUUGUGACAUGUUCGUUUUCUCUUUUCACUGAUUCAUUUGUCAUGAAGCAUGAAGCUCCCGAUUAAACCAAAAAUAUUGAACAGAAAUGUUGAGUUUUAUGUAUAAAAAAAAUUAUUUUAUCCUUCUUGACUAAAAAACCUGAAACUAAAGAUCCAGUUUACUUUUCAGGCAUUUAAUAAAGAAAUAGUAUUAACAGCUUAAAAAAAUAGCAAGAGAUCGUACCUAAAAUUUCAAACUUUUGGUAAACAUAAUAUUUGUUGAAAUAAUAAUUUGUAUGCUAUCUAUGGUAAAACUGAGAUAAAUAAUGUUUCAAAAGGUAAAGAAACGUUGAACAUUUAUGAUGACCUUUUAUUAAAACACAGUAAAUAUUAUUCAAUGUAGGAUGACAUCGAAUCCGAAAAAUCAUUUUUUAAAAAUUGUUUUACCAUAGAUGGUACAUUGUAAAUGUUUUUUACGUUUUAUCUUCAACAGAAAAUGUAUGUUUUAGCUUUGGAUUUACAGACUGUAAAUAUUAUACUUAAAGUAUUAUGAAAUGUCUUAUUGACAUUACUUUGUAAAUAAUUAGUGUUUAUAUUUAUAACGAAUUGUACUAGGAUGACAAAUUGUUUUAUGUAGAUAUUAAAAUGUUUUGUAAAGAAAACAGAGUUACAACGAAUCAAAUUCGUUUAUGAGAUGGAUUAUCCAAAAGAGUACUACUUCUUUAAAUAAUUUUUCCAUCAAUUUAUUUUUUGAAAUACAAUAUGUGAAGUAGUACAACUUUUACACCGCACACAUCUUAUGGAAAAUAUAAUGUCACUCAAAUGAAAUAAAAGUUACAUGAAUAGAUGCGUCCUAAAAUUUCAAUAAUUGGAUACCAUUGCGCCAACUCUGAAUUUUGCUUAAUUAGGGCGUUAAUUGUAAUUCAAGUUUAUCGAAGUCGCAUUUUUUAUUUUUUUUUAUUUAGCUAAUGCCUCGACAACUAAUGGCCAUUGGCAUGGCAGGUACGGUAAUUUUGAACAGUUAGAUACCUAGUGUGAUGUGUAGUGUGUGUGUUGAGUAAGUGUCUUGUUACUUUGAAAAGUCGACGUCAUUGUCUUUGCAAAGAGACGCUAAUUGUAUCCGAACGUCUGCGGUCCCUCCGGUGAGUACCGAUCCCACAAGGACAGAAACUACUUACCUACUUUAUUAUCAAUAAUAAUAGGAAAAGAUAAGAGAACAUCUACCUUAAUCCAUCAGAAAGAUUUAUGGAGUAAGCGGAUCACAAGAUCUUUUUUCUCUCUUUGACACACGUACAUUCCUAUUCGAUUUUAGAUUUAUUUUUAUCAAUUUACGCUCUUGUUAAUCAAAAUACAGAGUUGGCGCAAUGGUAUCAAAUUAUUGAAAUUUCAGGACGCAUCUAUUCAUGUAAAUUUUAUUUCAUUUGAAUGACAUUAUAUUUUGCAUAAGAUGUGUCCUUUGUUAUUUGUGUUUUAUUUUGACUAGACGUGACUAGACCGAGCUAGAUUCUUCCUCCUUCCUAUUUUGGUUUGUUGUUGCUUGUUGUUGUUGAUGAUGGCUCGUAUUGUGCCGAAACACGUUUAAAGUUUUUAAACUUGUAAGUAAUGAUUUUAAUAAAUUGAAUUGUGGUUCAUCUUAUGUGCGUCGGCGCAAAAUUUCGGCUCCAAAUCUUUUUAAAUGCAUUAUUUUUUUUUCGAAUCCUGAGAAAACUAAUAUUUUUAAAAAAAUUAAACGAAGAAUGAAAUAUUACAUUAUUACCGAGGGCCGUAAGCAGUCCGCUAGAACAACCAAAAAGUUUCUUUUGAAUGAGAUAAGUAUUUGAAAUUAAAAAUCACACUAAAUUUUCUGUUUUUUUUUCACCCCUGUAACUUAUUAAAAUAAAUAUUAUAGUAGUUUUCAGGGACUUUCGGCCCUCAGUAAUAACGUAAUCUUUCAUUAUGUUUUUAAAUUUUUAAAAAAUGUUUGUUAGUUUUCUCAGGAUUCGAAAAAAAAUUUAAUACAUUUUUUGAGAGUUUUGAGAGAGUUGUUAUUAUAUUAUAAUGGUCGUUUAUACAAAUUAAUAACUUUAUACGGUGUGAAGACUAUUUUAAAAACUAGAUUGAAACUCUGUUUUUUUUGUUUUCAAGAAAAAUUGCAAUAAUUGAACUAUAAUGUAACGAAUCCGUCCAAAUUGUGUUACUGUACUAAAUAAUGUGAAUAAAUAUUUUUUAAGAAAAUAA